GAAAAAUCAUAUCAAAUAUGUCUCACAGAUUUAUCCUCUAUAUCAAAGAACUGACCGGGAAAACUCAUGAAGUCCAGAUGACUUAUGAAACCUCAGUUGAAGAUGUCAAAUUUAUAAUGCAAGAUUUAGAAGGAUAUGCACCGGAAGAUCAGAGGAUUAUAUUUGCAGGAAAGCAGCUUGAGGAGCAUAGAUUGCUUGUGGAUUACAGUGUUAGUAAGAACAGCACCCUACAUUUGGUACUAAGAACUUAGAGAUAUGUGUAGAG